AUGACGCAACGCCCCACGUUCUCGCUCAGCCGUUGCAUCUGCACCUGCUCUCCAUCUCCUCCUACCACCACCACCACCACCACCACCACCACCACCACCACCACCACCACCACCACCACCACCACCACCACCACCACCACCACCACCACCACCACCACCACCACAGACCAACCCACCGACCACCCGCCCACCCUCGUCACCCCCGAACGCCGCCGAAACACUCACAACCACAGCAACAAAAACACAAAAACCACCAAACCACACACAACAACACCCACCACCACCACCACCACCACCCCUACCGCCUCCCCCGCCGCCGCCACCACCACCGUCGCCGCCACCCCCCCCACCCCCGCCACCACCACCCCCACCGCCACCACCACCACCACCACCACCACCACCACCACCACGUCACCCGGUUCGCAUAGACCGCGCCACAGGCGCCCACGCGGUGAAUCGACGACCAUGAUCGUGUUGGCGCUCGUAGCCCGCGGCUCGCACGUGCUUGCCGAGACGCACGACCCCGAACACGACCGCUUCCUCCCCGCAGCGCAGACGAUCCUCUCGCGCAUCCCGCCCAACUCUUCGAAGCUGUCGUACGCGUUCGAAGAGUGGCUCUUCCACUACGUCUCGCAAGACGGCAUGGUGUACAUGGCUGUCGCCGACGCAGAGACGGGUCGACGCAUCCCGUUCACCUUCCUCGCCCACGUCCAGAAAAAGUUCUUGGCGAGUUAUGAGGUGCCCCUCGAAGACGAGGUGGGAUCGACGGACUACAGUGGGUUGAGCAAGACGCUCAAGGAGAUGGUGGGGCGGUUCAAUGCGGACCCCCAGGCGGUGGAUCCGAUCGCCCAGGCGAAGAACGAGCUGGCGGGGGCCAAGGACAUCAUGACGCAGAACGUGGAGCAGAUCCUAAGCAGGGGCGAGCGCAUCGAGCUGCUCAUGGACCGUACCGACAAUGCAGCCAACCAGUCCAUGGCGUUUAGAAGGAGAGCAGUGGGGUUGAGGAGACAGAUGUGGUGGAAGAACACCAAGGUGCUCGCGCUGUCCGGCUUCAGCGGCGUCGUGUUGCUCUUUGUUCUGUACAGCCUCGUCCACUAG